AGAUUCACCGCAUUAUAAUUCAUAAUUUCAUUAUUAUAAGCAAUUGUCCACAUCCAAGACAAAGACGACGGAAAUUUUAAGUCCACUAAGUAAUUCCCACAGCUCCUCCCCCGUAUGUGCCCAUAAACCUCUACCUCUUCCCCCAUUGUCCUCCACCUUCACAUCAAUGUGGUUCAUCGAGAGGGCUAGGAAUUUGACUUUCACAGCAUAAAACUACGUUCGAGCUAAGCCCUCUCCAUCCCCUUCUGCGUGUAAACAUGACAUUCCUUCACAUUCUAGCGUUUUUUCUCUUAUACCUUCCAUCACAUUCGCCGAGCUCUUUGUCUCCAAGAGGAAGAUUAACUCUGGUUUUUGCCACCUGAUGAAGAGAUUCAGCUCGGCCAGUUACCUAGAGAGCACAACAUCAGCAUCGUGGAGCCACAUAGGUGAAAGCUUUCUACAUGUGAUGAAAACGCCUAGCAUUGUUCAUUAUGUCGGUGAAGAUCACCCUGGAAAUAAUGCCUCCCUCAGUUAUUGAUAUAGUGGCCAAAGUUGUAUUAGGAAUUCUAAGGAAUCACCAUGAUAAUCCACAUUAGUGAAUUAGUAUAUUCAUUGACGUUGUAUACAAGGAAAUUCACUGACGUAGUUUAUACAAGGGAAUAUAUUGAUGUUGGAGUU